AUGGCGGACUCCAAGGCCACCUCAGCGGUCACCCUACGCACCCGCAAGUUCAUGACCAACCGCCUCCUCGCCCGCAAGCAAUUCGUGCUUGAGGUGAUCCACCCCGGCCGCGCCAACGUCUCCAAGGCGGAGUUGAAGGAGAGGCUUGCUAAGGUGUACGAGGUGAAGGACCCCAACACCAUCUUCGUCUUCAAGUUCCGCACCCACUUCGGAGGAGGCAAGUCCACUGGCUUCGGCCUCAUCUACGACAACCUCGAGGCUGCCAAGAAGUUCGAGCCCAAAUACCGCCUCAUCAGGAAUGGUCUUGCUACCAAGGUUGAGAAGUCCCGCAAGCAAAUGAAAGAGCGGAAGAACAGGGCCAAGAAGAUCCGUGGUGUCAAGAAGACCAAGGCUGGUGAUGCGAAGAAGAAGUAA